AAGUGGAUCUAGGGAGAUCGAAAGAAGUAGGACGAGAUUGCAGCAAAUGUGCGAGAACUUGGCUUCGUAACAUUCAACCACGAACGAGGAGUGUUAACUCGACCGCGCGACGCUGCGCUUCGCACAACCGAACCGGCAUGUAUUAUAUUAAUCUGUAUGGACGAUUUAAUUUCACUGUUUGUUUGUACUAUGAGAAUAGGGAUUUGUGUCUGUAUUCAACAUUUAUAAAUAGGAAAUCAAAUCAAUAACAAAUUAUCGAACAAUAAUUCAGAAUUGUCUAGAAUGAAGAAAAAUGAAAAUUCAGCAUCGGAUCCACCUGAUGCUGGAGGGUCGUCGUCGUCGCAGAGCCACCACCAGACCGCAUACGAAUCAAGGUACAACUUUAAAAUAGGCAUAUACGGCUGGAGGAAGCGAUGCCUCUACAUAUUAAUACUGGGACUGUUAGUGAUGGUCAUAGUGAAUUUGGCGUUGACUCUGUGGGUCCUUAAAGUUAUGGAAUUCUCAUCGGAAGGAAUGGGUCAAUUAAAAAUCGUAACAGGUGGUUUACGUCUGGAGGGCACAGCGUACGUAUUGGACUCGCUAAUUGCGAGCAGCAUACGAUCCAGAAGGGGACAACCCAUCACCAUCGAAUCGAGCAGAAAUCUAACGCUGACCACCAGAGACGAGAACGGCCUUUUAAAUAAUUUAAUAUAUUUAGGGAACGAUCGCUUCGAGUGCCUAGCAAACAAUUUUAAAGUCAUGGACGAUCGAGGGAUUGUCUUAUUCGCCGCCAACCAUAAAGACGUUAUCAUCGGUUCGGAGAAUCUCCGAGUGACCGGCGAGGGUGGUGCCAUUUUCAGUGGAUCUGUGCAGACACCUCUAGUUCGAGCCGAAUCUGGACACGAUUUAAGGUUGGAAUCACCGACUCGAUCUUUGGAGAUGCGAGCACCGUCAGGAAUAAACAUCGAAUCGCGAGCCGGAGAUAUAAAAUCCAUGUCUUUAAACGAUAUAAAACUGAAAUCCGUUGCAGGAGCAAUACGAUUAGAAUCGAGUGUUAUAUUGAUGGAUAAAAUACCAACGGCCAUACCGAGCAGCAAACCCAGCCAAUCCAAAAACCACGACAUUUACCAGCUGUGCGUCUGCAAUAAUGGAAAGCUGUUUCUAGUGCCACCGCAUUACUUAUGUUCCGAUGAUGGAAACGUGUGCAGAUAAGGAAGACCAACCACCACAACACGUAUAUACUGUAGUUGCUUUAAUACGAGAGAAAUUGAUUGGAUAUAAUUACAAUGGCGAGAGAUGCGAGAGAUUCCGAUUGUUCUGUUCGUUAGCGGUGUUCGAAUAUUUUUCUUUUACCUUUCUUUAUACUUUGUGCAAUGUCGUCUGUAACUGAAUGUGUAUAUCAUCAAACUGAAGUCUCUUCCAA